AUGGCGAGGCAUUGUGCGACCCUGGCACUGGUGGCCACUGUGAUGGCGCGGCCUAUCGAGGUCAACUCCACGCGCCACCAGUUGGCUUCGGGCCUCGAGUGUGGCAGUGCGGCCGCCUUCGAUGGCCUCUGCCCGUGGGCUGCUGCACGACACCAGGCCGCCGCUGAAAGAUGGCACUCAAGCGCUUCCGUCGGCCCCCUGGCAGCUCCAGCGCGGGGGCGCUGGGCGCUGCUCCGCUUUUCAGAUCGGCCUCUCGGGAAGCUCACGAGGCCGAGUCUGGAGGACUUCGUGGGACGCUACCCAGGGCGCUACGACUUGCUCUUGGAGAAGGAGGGCCUCGUGGAUCGGCGGGAUUUCCACCCAGCCUGGAAUAAGCUGGCUCAUGCCCGGCGAGCCCUCAUCCUGGGCAGCUACGAAGCCGUGGUGUGCGUGGAUGAUGACAUCCUGAUCACAAAUCCCAGGAUCGAUCCGAUCCACGACGCGCUGGUGGAGCAUUUCAGCGGGGAUGCCUCUACGGACGGUGAAAAGCUGGUCGUGGCCUCUCUCGACGAGCAGGUCAGUGCACGAGUGCCGUUCAACACUGGGGUCCUGGCACUGCGAUCAUCGCCCCUCACGCUGAACCUUUUGGACAAGAUAUUUCAGCUAGGACGACGCCUGAAGCGCAUCAACGGAUACGCCUGGCUGCCGCGAAUCACGGGCCUUUGGGACCAGGAUGCCUUUGCUGACUAUAUGCAGAUUUACGGAUCCAGGAACUUCGUCUUGCUUCCACAUCGCCAGCUUCAGUCCUUCGUUCGGCCAGGGCAGUCUCACUGGCUUCCUGGAGAUUUCGCUGCCCACUUCACAGGUUUGAGCGAAUAUCCGCCACAGCAGGGCUUGGCCCUUCUACAUGACUUCCUGACUCUGCUUCAGGGAGCCAGUGCAGAGGGUGCAAAAAAGUCCGGGAAGGCCAUUUACCAGUCCUCUACAGUCUGA